CUCACAGCUCUAACACUAAAGAGAAGAAACUGUUAUAUUUGCUCUCUGCGUCCAAUGAGAGCUCAUGUGCAAGAAAUUCACCGGAUGUGUGUAAUGGCCCUGAGCUAACCUCAACUCACAGCAAGGUGAAGAUGAAAGAAAAAAAAAAAGAGACAAAGAAGUGUGUGUGUGUGUGUGUGUGAGAGAGAGAGAUAGAGAGAUAGAUAGAGAGAGACUGUGUACAUUAUCAUUCUGGAACAUUCCGAGUAAAGAUCAUGGCAUCUCUGAUCAUCAGCAGUCUGUUAAUCCUGGUGCUGCUCAGUGUCAGUGCUAACACAGACGAGUCUGAUCCAGACUGUAUCCCGUCUCUCAUGGUGCCGAGGAACACGAUGUGGAGAGUUCGUGUAUCGGACCACCUGAAGAUCAACUGUACUGUAGUCAGUGAAUCACACUGCUGGAAGAAUGUGGACGUGUCAUGGUGCAGAAUUGAUAAUAAAAGUGAAUGCAGAUAUUUAAAACACUCUGAUCACAUCCUAACAGGAUGGAGGAGCAUCACUGAGAGUAAAAGAAUGUCAUUCCUGAUUUUCUGGAAAAUCUCCAUGCAGGACGCUGGACUUUACAGGUGUGAGAUAAAGUCACCUACACCCACUGUAAGCCAUGCCAUCAAUGUAAUUGUGACAGAGUCUGAUCCAGACUGUACCCCAUCUAUCACGGUGCCGAGGAACAGGGUGUGGAGAGCUCGUGUAACAGACUUCCUGAUGAUCAACUGUACUGUCGUCAGUGAGUCACACUGCUGGAAGAACAUGGAAGUGUCAUGGUGCAGAAUUGAUGAUAAAAAUGGAUGCAGACCUUUAAAACACUCCAGUAACAUCCACAUCGUAACAGAAUUGAGGAGCAUCAGUGACAGUAAAAGAACAUCAUUUGUGAUUUUCUGGAAAAUCUCCAUGCAGGACGCUGGACUCUACAGGUGUGAGAUAACGUCACCUGAGCACACUGUAAACCAUACCAUCAAUGUUACUGUGACAGGUACUCCUGCUGUUACAGUUAAUGUGACGGAUGAGACACACACACCCCUGAGUGGUGAGAAGUGGUUCUAUGUGAUCUACUUUAGUGUGUUUGUAUUCGCUCUUAUCCUCGCUGUUCCACUCGUCCUGAGCAGAGGUUUAAAGAAGUUUCUGAAGGAUGAGGUUACCAUGACAACUGUGACUUAUGAAGAGGCAGAAAAAUCCAGUGUUCAGGAUUAACACAAAUUUCCAUCAUGUAAAGGGACUGAGCUGCGUGUUGGUGUCAGCGUGUUGGCGUCGCUGUUCAGGAGGAAACGGGAUUGUGAUUAAACACACUUAUUGCUGUUUAUAGAUCAUGAGCAGGAUGUGGUAUUAGCGCACUUCAUUCAAGUGAAAGAACAGGAAAUCUCACCUUCCAGUGGUCCACAGCGUCAGUCAGCUCACGCUACAGCCUGGCAGAGGGAAUAUAAACUGAGGUUUGUGUCCAGCACGCGCAUAACGGUCAUCCCUGCUGAGAGGAUCUCCACACAGCGGGAUACGGCUUCUCUCCUGUGUGAAUGCGCUCAUGAUGUCGGAGGACACUCUGACAGUUGGGUUUCUUGCGGGAUGCUGUCGCAGUUCUGAGAUGCUUGUGGGAGAUGUUGAUGUUUGCUGCACAGAGGCUGAUGUGGAUAAAGAGCCUAAAACAAUGAAAGCUGCUCUGCUUUGACUCAACUGUGAUCUUGGUGUUCUCCUCAUUCACCUCUCACAUCAACUCAACGCAGAGACGUUUUGGGGAGAACACCGACGAAGAGGGUUACAUGUGUAUAUGAGAAAGGAAGACGAACACAUUAUUUACUAAUGGCACUCAAGAUUUUUAAAAAAUAAUUUCCCUUGUCUGGUAAAUGAAUCCCAUCCCUUCUGAACAGUUCUUCUCUCCCAUGUUAUGUCUUUAUGACUGAUGAACACUCCACCAGUUUCAGCCGUGUAUGUUGCCGUGGCGCUAUUAAUGAACUUCCUCGCCUUGUUCAUCUUCCGCCCUUCUCCUCACCGCCACACGUCGCUCAGUGACGCCAGAAUAAAUCAGUGAGGCAUUGGAAUGUUUUCGGAGUGCUGAAAGGUCCUCCUUGAUAGAGGUCACGAGAUCCACACUCCGUAGCAGGCCCAGGCCAUUUCCCCCAGCAUGCAGUAUCAGGACAUCUGGUCUCUUCUGUUGAGAAGAAGACAUCCAGAAGCUGGCUCCAUCUCAUGCCUCCCUUUCCAAGCCAUUGUACAUUCCUCUUCUGGAGACCCAGACUAUAUAACUGUGGGGGAGAGGAAUCACAUCACUGACAUCAACUCCAACUGGAGGACACCAUACAGUGUGAUACAAUAACAAAACAGUCCAUUUGUAUUUUCAUACAUGUGUAAUAUAAUAAAAGUUCUUCAUAUACCUCUGUAUCCAUGUUUUUCUUUGAAACCAUUUUUUUUUAUAGGAAAUUACUUGAGGUGCUGAUGACAUGAAAUAAAAAUAUUAAAUGGUGAUGGUAAGAUGUAAUAGUGGGAUAUUGUUGCAUUCAUAUUGAUCUUGGUUUGUGAAAGUUAAAAUAUUAAUUUAAGCUUUGUGUUGAGUUUACGAUUUCAAAUCUUUUUUCAAUUUAAUUACUUUCAGGACUCGGCCAGUAAGGACUUGGACUUGAGUCCAACUCGGCCCCUUUAGGACUCGGAAUCGUUUGGUUAAGGACUUGUUCUCGACAAAGUUGGACUCGGACCCAACACUACUAGAUCUCUUACCUCCAUGUUUCUUUAAACAGAUUAUUCCAGAAGUAAUCAACCCCCUUCUAAAAAAUAAUCAAUUCUUCCCUUAGCACUGGCUAUGUACCUAAAUGCUACCUCUGGAAGAAAUAAGCUUUCUGAUCACACAGUAACUCUGGAUGGUCUUUCUGUUUCAUCAUGUGCAGGCAGAGUAUCUGCAGGUAUCAAAUUUAAUACUUCUUAAUACAUUAUUCAAGACAUUUCAAAAAAAAAUGUAAGACCUGCACGUCACUUCAAUCAUGCUACACGAUACAUCAGCUAUAACGGAUUGUGUUCAUGUAGAUACAUCCAUGUCAGGGUUUAAGUAAACUAUAGAGCAAAUAUCCUUUUUUGAAUCUGGCGAGUGUUGUGUCUAAAUGCAGGUUAUAAGCGACUCAAACUUCACAGAGAUGAAGUUGGUGUAGAGCGGCGUUUACCGCGAACCGAGAGGCUCUAAUGACGAGCCGCACACACACUCCGGAUGCAACACAGUCACACGGCUUUACCAUCACACACUGCAACCAGCCAAAAUAACAUCUACAUCUGCUUUACCGUGUUGGUUCCAUUGCAUUUUUAAGACCUUUAAAAUAUGAAUUUAAGACUUUUUAAGGACGUACGGACACCCUGUGUGCAGCAGUAAAAGAGCUUGGAGUGAUUAUUAACUCCAGUCUUACAUUUGAUGCUC